AUGCAACACUAUGUCUAGAGCCAGGAUGAAUGGGGUAUCACAAAUAGAGAAACCAACAGUAUAAAGCCUCGCUUUUGCAUGGUACAAAGCAGAACUCAGAUCCUCAACCAUGGCCAACUCAGCUAAAAUGCUUCAUCUUCCCGACAUGGUGGCCAAUUGGCCCUGGAAACGGUCCAUUAACCCGUACUACGACGUGGUGAAGGCAGAGUCGAGCGCCUGGUUUCGCAGCUUCAAAGCAUUCUCUGAGCAAUCCCAGCACGCAUUUGACAAGUGCGACUUUGCACGUCUUGCUGCCCUUGCAUAUCCACUGGUUUGUAGAGAACAUCUUCGGACUGGCUGCGACUUGAUGAAUCUGUUCUUUGUCAUUGACGAGUACACCGACGUAGAACCGGCGCCUGUGGUUCGCGAAAUGGUAGACACCGUCAUUGAUGCACUUAACAAUCCCCACAAGCCGCGCCCAGAGGGUGAAGUCAUCCUAGGCGAGGUUGCAAGACAAUUCUGGGAGCUAGCAAUCAAAACCGCGACUCCACUGGCCCAACGUCAUAUGAUCGAGACUUUCGUUGCGUAUCUUGACUCUGUGGUCGAGCAAGCAAGAGAUCGCGAUAAUGAGACACUCCCCUCCGUUCGGUCCUAUAUUGAGAACCGUCGCGAGAACGUUGGAACUAAAGGUUGUUUUGCGAUAUUCGAACUGGGAUGCGAAAUCCCAGACGAGGUGCUCUACCAUCCGGCUGUGACCGAGUUGAUCAAUCUCGCUUCAGAGAUGGUCAUGUGUGGUAAUGAUAUGGAUUCAUACAACAGGGAGCAGGCGACUGGCGAUGACCGUCACAAUAUUCUUACGGUUAUAAUGAACGAGUUCGGCAUUGGUUUAGAAGAGGCUCAGACAUGGGUUGUCAAGCUUCACGCAGACCUAGAGAAGCAAUUCCUCGAAGGAAUGAUGCACAUCCCAUCCUGGAAUCCUGACGUCGAUAAACAAAUCCAACUGUAUUUGGAUGGAGUCGGGCACUUUAUUAGAGCAAGUGACUGCUGGCACUUUGAAGCUGGUCGUUACUUUGGGGACAAAGGUCUCGAAAUUCAGAAGUCGCGCAGGGUCCCUCUUCUGCCGAAGAUUAUCCCCCCACGCAACGACGAAACUCUCCGAAGGGAGAACAUUGUUGUCGCCCUCAUCGAAACACUGGAAACCAAUGCUUAAUCAGAAUGUCGGGCGAGCUAUCUGAAACGUAGUUAGCAUUUCCCUCUUGAAAGGCAUAUAAUAUGAUAAGACGAUUGUA